AGUUGCCCGGGUAACGGACUCAGCCGCCGUCGCCGCCGGUGCCACCCUGCGGACGACUCCCCGGCCCCCGGGCCGCGCAGGGAGACGGACGCAGAGGAGGCCCCAGAGCCGCUCGGCGCCCGCAAGGCACAGGGGUGGGAGUCGUUUCGAGGCUGUGCCCAAGGGGCGAUCCCCGCCGACCGGAGUGCCCCCUCCCAGUGGGUCGGACCGAGCUCGUGUCGUUUGCCUGGAGGACUGGCUUAGGCUGAGCGGAGAGGGAUCUCAAAGCACCAUCUGGGGGUACUGUCUAUAGUGGUUAGUGAAGAGCUGAAAAUCUGAAGACAUGAUGGGAAGAGAAGAGAACUAAACCAGCCGUGCUCAGGAAUGCUAGAGGCGUGAUGGAGGUUGAAUCCUCAUACACAGACUUCAUCUCCUGUGACAGAACGGGCCGUAGGAAUGCUGUCCCUGACAUCCAGGAUGACUCGGCAGCAGUGAGUGUGAGGAAGCUGACGGGGAACAUGGGAGAGCUGGCACUCGGAGGAGCAGAAGGGCAGGCAGAGAUAAGCACCUCGGACAAGGAAGCUGGCACCAGGCCUGAGGGAAAUGAGGGCACUACCACGUCCUGAGAGCCGCCCCUAUCCCAUUCCCUUUGUCCAGUGGCUGAAGAAAGAAGCAACCAGCCCAGGCUUCCCAAGAGGCAGACUUGGCAGCAUUCUCCCCGAGGAUCACUUCCCUCCCCUGCAGUAACUUGUUGGGGCACAAUGAAGCCAUGUGGACCUCCCCAGACUUUCCUUUUCCUCUAGUCCACCGCCGACCCCCCCCCUGCCACCUCACUCGCCCCACACAGAGGAAGCUUGUGCUCAGGGCAGGUUGGCCCUGCUAUGGGGACCUCAGACUGAGGCUAGCCUCCAGAGGUGCCUUAAGAGCCCUACCCCAGCUUAGGGAAACCGUAGUUUUGCCUACCAUGGACCUUCCCUUCUUUCAGGCCCACCUAUUCUACUGUGUUUGGCAAUUCAAAACGUUAUUUAUUUGGUUUACACCUGUGGGGUGGGAAUGGGGAGGUACCACCUGCUCCCUUCCUCUGGAGGACAGAUAGAAGCCAGGUCCCCUCCUACUUCCUCUUAGGGGAAACAUCCUCAGUGGCUUCAGCCCUCACACUGACCCACUCAAUCCAUUCAAUUUCCUGAGUGCCUACUCUGUGCAGGGCUCUGAAGGAAGCAAAAAAGAUGACUAAAACCUGGCUGCUGACCUUAGGGAGCACCCUGUCCUCAGGGUUGCUGAUUGCUUCGUCUCUGACGCUCAGGAUCAAGGGAGAGAUCCUUCCCAACCCAUCUGGAUUAGUUCCUUUUAACUCUUUUUAAACUUUGACUUUAAAUAUCCACCUUUGUGGGGGUGGGGGGGGGCAGGUAAGGAGGGGGGAAAAGACAGUGGAGCCUUGCCUUUUAUUUCCAUGGAGAGGAGGGUGUUUUAAUCUAAACUCUUUGACCUGUGUAGCUCAGAGAGGAUGAUUCUUGACCUUUUCCAAACCCAUUCUUAAGGGAAUCAUUUUGUUUCCCAAUUUUACUAAGUUGUGUCUCCUUUCUACAAAGAUACUUGAUGCCUACCACUUGGAAAAUAAAUUCAGACCUUUUGUGUGAUUGA